AUGUCUUUGGAAGAUAAAUUCAACGCCGCGGUCAACGUAAUCCGGAGUUUACCGAAGAGCGGAUCGUACCAGCCGAGCAAUGAGUUGAUGCUUCGUUUCUACAGUUACUUCAAACAGGCCACAGAGGGACCGUGUGAUAAGCCAAAACCUGGAUUCUGGGAUGUCGUGAACAGAGCAAAAUGGGAAUCCUGGAACAAACUUGGAAACAUGACAAAAGACGAAGCUAUGCAGGCGUAUGUGGACGAAUUACACAAGAUAGUUGAAACGAUGUCAUACAACUCCGAUGUGGCCUCAUUCCUGUCAGUGGAUGAUGACAAUGCCGAUCUGGAGCUGGUGGCAGGAGACAUCCUGGCGAGGGUCCGCUCUGGAGAGAACUCGCCUGUUUUAUCGGGUGCCUCCUCACCUCGCGGCGAAUCUCCAACGCCGGCACGACAACGACACGACUCCGAGGACGAGUACAUAGACACAGUCGAUGUUAGUGUAAGUGACUCUGAGUCGGCCCCGCCCGCGCCGCCGCCGCAGCGUCAGACAGCACAGAGGCUCAGCAACGGACAUGCGCAUCAAAUCACAUCGCAACUCACACAUCUUAAAGUACUGGAACAGCUACCAGGCACGCUGGCGCGGCUCGAGGCUGACGUAGCGGCGCUCAGGAAGGCCGUCGAAGGAGACCGGAGGAUACUCGACCAAGUAUCCCGCGGCUGGCGAUGGCCGUGGCAGGAGCUGAGCGCGCCGACACUGUUACUGCUCGCCGUGUGGCCAUUCAUCGCGUACAGGAUCGCGUCACGGGGGCAGCGCAGGCACACGUAA